AUGGUGUAUUUUUGGUUGGAUGGACGGGAAGAUAACGAUGAAAUUGAACUUGAGGAAGAUCAAAUCUAUGAAGUUGAACGUCUGAAGUUUUGCCUUGAGGAUUGGAACAUAGACAAAAAAGUAUGCUCUAUGGGAGGAGAUUCAGUAUUUACUCCUGAAUGUGGGAAAAUUAUCGAGGAUAUUAACAGCUGGUUGAAUGAACGAGCUUCAUUUCCUGUCAUUCGGAAUUUUUUUUCAAUUAGUUUUUUGCAAUAUGGAUUAGGUAUGGAGGUUAGGGAAAGUUAUAUUUCAGAUAAAGCAUGUAAGAUUUACGAUUACUGCAGGACGUCAUCAAAUGUAAAUAAGUUUCAAGAUGCGGCAGAAAAAGCUUUGUUUAAGGGCAAAACAGUAACUUCCUCAAAUGUUCCUUCAUAUUGGUGGUUCGACCAUGAUUUUGAGUCGUUAUGGGCAUGUAAUGACGGAUUUAUUAUGCUUGAGUGGAUUCUGGGAUGUAAAGAAGCAUUUAGUGAACUGAAGGAUAUAGAUCCUGAUUUCAAGUAUAUAAAUUUUAUAGAAAAUGAGUGGGAUGAGGUAACUUUGAUAUGCAACGUUUGGAAAGUGUUAAAUGGUUUGAAUAGUUACCUCGAAUUUACAAAUAAAACCGCAAAUGUGUAUUUCCCAGUUUUUAGUGACAUUAUGUUGAAAUUGGUUGAGUUGGGAGAAAGGUAUGAUAAUUACAUUUUCGGCUUUGCAUCAGAGUGGCGAGAACGAUUGGAGGAAUAUUGGAACAAUUCUAAUUUGGUUUUAGUGAUAGCAGUAAUUUUGGAUCCGCGGUUCAAAAUGGAUAUUGUGAAACAUUUUUACGAAAAGGUUUAUGGUAACGAUGCAAAUGAAUACCUUAAAAUCAUUGAUGAUGUCACAAAUAUUUACAAUAAAUAUGCAGGGAGCACUGAUAAUAAUAUUGUUACAUCAGAAUCAGAACUGGACCGCUAUUUGAAAGAUUCUAAAUGUCCUCCAGGUGAAGCAUUUAAUAUAUUAGAUUGGUGGCGUGUCGAAUCCCGAACCUAUCCAACACUGGCUAAGAUUGCACGUGAUGUCUUACCAAUACAGGUCGCUUCUCCUGAGCGUCCUUCAUCGUUACGUAGAGUUUACGACGCUAUUAAUUAUGCUAAUCUUGAAGCUGACCUCCAACUAGCUUUGGUACAUACAAAUGUUUGGUUGAAGCUGACCUCCAACUAG